UUUUUGACACCACACGGUCAAGUGCGUCUCGUGGAAAUGAAUUUAUACGUUGCGAUAUGUCUUCUGGCGCUCUCGGCGUCGGCGAAGGCUGACGGGGGCCUGGGGCUCGGAGGCCUAGUGUACGCGCCCGGGCAUGCCUCCGUUGAUUAUUAUGCCUAUCCCCGUUAUGCGUUUGAAUACUCCGUGAAAGAUCCUCACACCGGUGACAACAAAGCGCAAUGGGAGAAACGCGACGGAGACGUUGUCAAAGGAGCAUAUUCCCUUGUGGAGCCCGACGGCAGCCUGCGUGUCGUGGAGUACUACGCCGACGACAAGACGGGCUUCAAUGCCGUCGUAAAGCGCCUGGGCCCCAACCUGCACCCGAGCACCGUCCACGCGGCUCCGAUUUACAAGGCCCCAAUCCCCAUCCUCGGCGGACUCGGCUCCGCCCCUUACCCGAUAUCCGUCGGCCCGGUGGCGAACCUAGGACACCUGGCAAGCGCACCUCUGAUUUCAGGACCUAUCCAUGGAGGUCCGAUACACAGCCCCGCUUUAUCCUCUCAGAACCUGAUCAAAGAACCAGUGAUCGUGAAACAUCUGCCCGCGCCGAUUCUCCCUGCACCCGUAUUACAUGAGCCUAUUAUCCCGCAUGUGCCAAUUUUAAAAACCCCGAUCCUGCCCCAACCUAUUAUUCACGAGCCCGUCAUCAAAGUACCAGGGCCCAUUUACAAAGACCCAAUUGUAGUUUCUCCCCUUUAUGAGCCUAUCCUCAAAGGUCCUAUCCUACCUGGACCCAUAUACAAGAAUGGCCCUAUCCUUCCCGGUCCUAAUAUCUACAAGAAUGGCCCACUGCCUUUGCCAAUCCUCAAAGGCCUGCCCGGGCCCAUUUACAAAGCUGGUCCGAUUUACUCCGAGCCUUUAGGCCCGCUGCCGGAUUACAGAGCGCCUCUAUCCCUUUACAAUAAACGCGUACCUCUUUACAAGGAGCCGCUGCCCUCUCUGCCUUUAUUGAAGGGGUCGGUGGAGCUCGGACUUAUUGGCAAAGAGCCUAUCAGAUCGCUUGAUUGGGAAGGUUUAGGUCGAGGAAAUCUGGAGCACGGCUAUGGUUUGGGCAAGGGUGUCAUCGGUCCGCUAGUGCCAUCUUUGGGAGAACACGGAUUGUUAAAAGGAAACAUUGGACCAGUUCUUCCCUAUGCGGGCUUAGAACGAGGUCACGGAUUACUCAAAGGAAAUAUUGGACCUAUUCUACCAUAUGAAGGCUUAGAGAAAGGCCCCCUUCUGCCCUCCUGGAACGGUCCGAUAGAGUAUCCUCUGUACCAAGACGGGUACAAACACUGAUCGCAACGAUAACAAGCAGCCGGGGCCCACAACGGUACACGCGACGCACAAGGUUUCAAAUGAAGGAUAACAGAAGGCAAGCAAAUAUUCGCAGUGGGCUUCCAACUUUACAAAUCAUUUGCCGCUCCUUUUUUUAAGGCUUCUUUGCCAUGUCUUGAUUAGAAUAACUAACCAUGAGCCCUGAUUGGUGAAAUGACAACGUAGUCGAUAGUUUAGACCAAAUUGUAAUUAUAUUAGGGUAUUUAAUAUUUAUGUUAAUACGAUUAAGAUAUUACGAGUAAGUAUAUCUUUACGAACACAAUAUAGCAUGCGCCACCGUGUGGUAAU